UUGAAUCCAAAGCUCCAUUCUUCGGAACCUUGACCUCUUCCUCUUUCCUUUCAACCUCUCCGAUUCCGAAUCGGAAUCGCAAUCGCAAUCCCUAAUUUUUAUUUUUAUAUAAAAUUCUCAAUUGAUCGCAGAUCUUCAACAAAUCGACUAAAUUCUUGUAGUUCGGUAAGAUGGGAGGUGGAUUUAGAGUGCUUCAUUUAGUCAGACCAUUUCUCGCAUUUCUUCCUGAAGUUCAGACUGCUGACAGGAAAGUGCCAUUUAGGGAGAAGGUCAUAUAUACUGUGAUAUCUCUGUUCAUUUUCCUGGUUUGUAGUCAGCUCCCUCUGUAUGGAAUUCACUCAACAACAGGUGCAGAUCCAUUCUAUUGGAUGCGUGUUAUCCUUGCUUCAAACCGUGGAACUGUUAUGGAGCUUGGAAUCACCCCCAUUGUGACUUCUGGGCUGGUUAUGCAACUUUUGGCUGGGUCAAAAAUCAUUGAAGUUGACAAUAAUGUACGGGAGGAUCGUGCUCUCUUAAAUGGUGCACAGAAGCUACUUGGCAUCUUGAUAGCUGUUGGAGAGGCAGUUGCCUAUGUUCUUUCUGGGAUGUAUGGAAGUGUCGGCCAACUUGGAGUGGGAAAUGCCAUACUCAUUAUCAUGCAGCUCUUUUUUGCUGGUAUCAUUGUGAUAUGUUUAGAUGAGCUCCUUCAAAAAGGAUAUGGUUUGGGGUCUGGAAUUUCUCUAUUCAUUGCCACUAAUAUCUGUGAAAACAUUAUAUGGAAAGCAUUUAGUCCCACCACCAUUAACAGUGGACGGGGAGCUGAAUUUGAGGGUGCUGUUAUUGCUCUAUUCCAUUUGUUGAUAACUAGAACAGACAAGGUUCGUGCCCUCCGCGAGGCAUUUUACCGGCAGAAUCUUCCAAAUGUGACAAAUCUGCUUGCAACCGUCUUGAUCUUCCUAAUUGUGAUAUACUUCCAAGGUUUUCGUGUGGUUUUGCCUGUAAGAUCAAAGAAUGCCCGUGGACAGCAGGGUUCAUAUCCUAUUAAACUGUUUUAUACCUCCAACAUGCCCAUUAUUCUUCAGUCUGCCCUCGUUUCCAAUCUCUACUUCAUUUCCCAGCUGCUGCACCGAAAGUACAGUGGAAACUUCUUUGUAAAUCUGUUGGGCAAAUGGAAGGAUUCUGAAUAUGGAGGUGGUCAGUCUAUUCCUGUUGGUGGUAUUGCAUACUACAUCACUGCACCAUCUAGCUUAGCUGAUAUGGCAGCCAAUCCUUUCCAUGCAUUGUUCUAUCUUGUGUUUAUGCUGUCAGCCUGUGCAUUGUUCUCUAAAACUUGGAUUGAAGUCUCUGGUUCGUCUGCUAAAGAUGUUGCCAAGCAGCUGAAGGAACAACAAAUGGUUAUGCCUGGGCAUCGGGAGUCAAACUUACAGAAAGAGCUGAAUCGAUACAUUCCCACUGCUGCAGCAUUUGGAGGCAUGUGUAUUGGUGCCCUGACAGUGUUGGCAGAUUUCAUGGGGGCAAUUGGUUCAGGUACCGGAAUAUUACUUGCAGUAACUAUCAUCUAUCAGUACUUCGAGACAUUUGAGAAGGAGAGAGCCAGUGAGCUUGGCUUCUUUGGUUUCUAAGCUCUGCUUAGCAAUUACUGUUGGGGACGCAAUUGGACUCUCCCGCACCCGCAGUUUUGUUGUAUUGAGGAAUGGUUGUAGCUUGUUUAACACAGUAAGGGAGGACUUAGAUUAGCUUGUUAUCACUUUUUCUCAACUAAGUACAAAGUAGUAUAUCAUUGUAAACGUAUUUGGAUUUUCUCUGAAUUUACUCAUGUUAAUUUAAUUUUUCAAAGUCGACAGUACACCACGGGUUAAAAGUGGAUCUUAAUUGAUCAGCUUUGU